GAGGAGUUGAACCGACCUGCGCCCGCGAGUGAGAGUGGUGGCAAGGAGGGCGAGGGCAAAGAGAAGGGCAAGGGGAAGAAGGAUGAGGUCGCUGAGAGGCAUCACCCGCUGCUGCUGCAGCUCCUGGCAUCGGAGCUAGGCUGCUCCCCAGCAUCGAUAGCAGACUUCGACCUACAGCUGUGCGACACACACCCCAGCGCUAUUGCUGGUGCGCUCAACGAGUUUGUCUUCUCUGGCCGCCUUGACAACCUCGCCUCCUCCUUCGCUGCCCUCCAGGCACUGUUGGCAGCAGGAGAGAGUGAGAGUGAGAGUGAGGAGGCGGAGGGAGGCGUGAGCAUGGUGCUGCUGUUUGACAACGAGGAGUGUGGCAGCGACUCUGCUCAGGGUGCUGGCUCCCCUCUGCUGCUCGAUGCCAUUCGCCGCGUCAAUGCUGCCACAGGCACUGCUGCUGCGUCGCCUUCUGAGGGAGUGGUGGAGCGCUCUCUCCAGAAGAGCUUCGUGGUGUCAGCAGACAUGGCACACUGCCACCACCCCAACUACCCCGAGAGGCACGAGGAGCUGCACCAGCCGAAGAUGCACAAGGGGUUGGUGAUCAAGCACAACGCCAACCAGCGCUACGCCACCACUGCUGUCACGGCUGCUCUCUUCCGCGAGCUGGCCACAUGCCACGGCAUUCCCGUGCAGGACUUCGUGGUGCGCAACGACACGGGGUGUGGCAGCACCAUCGGGCCGAUCCUCGCCUCAGGAGCCGGAAUCCGCACAGUAGACGUGGGGGCGCCUCAGCUAUCGAUGCACAGCAUCCGCGAGAUGUGUGGCACGGAUGACAUUGGGCAUAUGGUCAACCAUUUCACGGCAUUCUUCAAGGAUUUCCCCUCUCUAGAUGCUCGUCUGACCGUGGACUAG